GGACUUCCUCUUGGUAGGAUUUGGAGAUCCUCUCAUCAUGUCCCAAAUAGCUCCUGUUCCUGAUCAGGCUCCAAGACCGCCAUGCUCAGAAGCUGCGAUCAGAGAGUUUGUCGAAGGGGUAAACACACAGCUGUGGCGCUCCAACGCGCUCAUGGUUGCCAACGCCGUCCUUGUGGCGAUCAUGGAGGCGGCGGGCGCAUCCGGUCGGCGCUACGGCUACCGCCACGCAUCGGUGACCCGCCUCCUGUUCCUGGGAGCCUCCACGCUGUACCUCCCCAUCAUCUCCUACGUUGCCUCCUCCAUCGGCAAGGAGUCCUGCAGCACCUCAGGCCUGGACGUGUACUGCCACGGCAGGUCCUACGUGUCCUUGGUCCUGAUCUGGACAGUUCUUGUCCAGAUCAUCGGGACCAACACAAGCGCAAUCGUCGCCGCUGACGAUUACCAUGGUGGCCCGAAGAUCGGCCCCUCGAUCGAGCUGCUCGCUCGCACGGUAUGGACAUCGUACCUGGUGUUCUACUACGCAGGUCGUCACUUCCUCACCAUGAUCAACAAGAACCAUUUGGUGGAAGGAGAGUCCCAUUACUACAAGAUGGUGUCGAGGUUCCUCAUUGUGCUCUGUCUUCUCAGUCUCUCCAAGAUCAUGCUAAAGCUGUACGCGUAUCACAAGGCGAAGCGGUCUUUCACUCUUGGGCGCAACUCCCGCCUCAUCGCCGGGUACAUGGUGGAGACGUUGCAAGGAGACGCGCUGCCCCGGGGAUCAUCACCGGGUCAUGAUCAGUCUUUGGUUCUCCCACUUAUAGUGAUGGGGGAGGACAAGCAGGAGAUCGAGGAAACUCCUCACGGGUACACCAUCAGGCAAAGGAACAGUAGGUUGGUCACCCUUGACAUGGUUUGGCAAAUGGUGUCGGCCGGAGACGCCCUCCUGACCUCUCAGCCAUGGCUCAAGGAUCUGUGCCUCUCCUUCUCAUUGUUCAAACUGCUUCGGCUCCGGUUCGGCAAUACUCCGCUUGCCGAGUCCGGGUCUGCCAAGGCGUUCAGUUUCGUCUCGGACGCCCUGCUCAACAAUGGCAAUGAUCCUGCAAGGGUGUUCGAUGUGAUUGCAGAUGAGAUAUCCUUUGUGCUGGAUUCUUACUACUCAUCCCUCCCAACAUCCUACUUUGGGCGACUGGUACCCGUUCUUAACAUCACCGUCUCCCUCUCAAUUGUUGCCUGGUGCUUGGGUGGCGCCACUUUCAUCUCACACCACUACACUGUCGACAGACACCCCCAUCAGAUAUUCUGCAGCCCAAACCCCAUGUCCUGCACAUUCCCGAAUCACAAACGGAUCGUGUUCGGGAACCUACUUUUCAACGCCCUGCCAACGUUCUCGCUGUUCGUGGCCGUCAUCUUGGCCGAGGCAUGGGAGAUUGCGUCCUACUUGUGCUCGAAUUGGGUCAAGGUCACCCUGCUCUGCAACUACAUCAACCAUGCGUCCUGGCAGCAGUCUCCUCGUGUGCAGAGAGGACUUGACCUUGUCAUGAAGCUCGGGUUCAGAAGGAGCUGGAGUGAUCGAUAUCAAAUGGGCCAGAUGUCGCUGCUGCUGACAGGUCAAGGCCUGAUGCGGCGUGUCCAAGUGUCACCGGAGGUGAAGGCCGCCAUCGUCGACGCGCUCAGGCGCAGCAACGGCGGCGCCCUGAGCAAAUGCACGGCGGCGCUCGGCGAGAGCAGGAUCGGCGGCGACAUCCUGUGGGCGUGCCAAGGACAAGGCACGUCCGACGUGAUCCUCGUCUGGCACAUCGCCACAGGCAUCUUGGACGCCGGCAGCCACGGCGGCGGAGCUGAUGCCUCCUCAACCAGCAGCCGCUCUGCCGGCAAGAGGGCCGUCGCCACGCGUCUCUCCCGGUACUGCGCCUACCUGGUGGCCGCCGCGCCCGAGCUGCUGCCGGACGACACGGCAUGGUCCAAGAAACUGCACGGGGCAGUGAGCAGGGACAUCAAGCUUGCCCUCGCUGGCGAGCCGGCGGCGGAGCACGACGCCGCAAUUGCUGCGCGCCUGGGCGAGAGGUGCGAGCACGAGGUGGUGAAGAGAGGGGUGAGGUUGGGGAAGCAGCUGCUGGAGCUGCAGGUUCCGGACGAGGAGGCGAGGUGGGGUCUCCUGGCCGGCUUCUGGUGCGAGAUCCUGCUGUACGCCGCGCCCUCGGACAACCUCAAGGCGCACAAGAAGGCCAUCGCCCGUGGCACCGAGCUGGUGACGCUCGUCUGGGCAUUGCUCACGCACGCGGGGAUCGUUACCAGGCCAAAGAACCCGUAACAAUGCUGUUUAGAUGCGUGUAUUAGUGCGUGAUUUUUGUUGUUUUUUUUUCUGCUUGUGUGUAUCAGGUGUGAGCACGGCAGCACAAACCUUUUUGUUUCCGGUUUUUUUAUUAAAAAAACUUAUUGUUUCCUUUGUGAGUUCCAUUUAAAUGCGUUUAUGCUCAACG